AACAAAGAUCUCUCUAAUUUCUAGUAUGAUAACCAUUUAGAAAAUCCUCAUGUGGUAAUCAACAGGCCCUGUUGUCAAGCUACAAUGUCAGUGCGUAUUCAUCUGCGCGACCACCCCCAUCGUGCCAUCGCACUCGUGAGCUCGUCUCAUGUGCUUGUCUUUCGACACAGUCCUACAUCAACAGAAUCUAUUCCAAGUGCAUCUGUGCAGAGCUUUCAGUCACAUUCAUCAAAUCAGAGCCCAGCUGCUCCGAGGUGCAUCGUUGAAUUUUCCAGGCUCGACUCCAUCAACUUAGGGGAUUACAGAUCAUUGAGCACUCUGCCUGUGAAAGGAACACUUGGUCUCAUUACCGUAAACAAUGAUGUUUUCCUUUGCGUUGUUAGUGCGGCAACAAGGGUCGCGACUGUCAGGCCUGGUGAGACCGUUCAAAGGAUAGAUUCGGUCGAGUUCCAUUGCAUAAAUAGUUCCGAUUACGAUCACGUAUUGAACGACGAAAUAAAUCCUUAUUCGACAGAUAAUUUAUCGCAACAAGAUGGGUUUGACUACGAGCCGAAUCAAACACGUCGGGAGGGCGUUGUGGAGCACCCGUGUCUGGCUCUCAAAAAGCUUCUCAGCGGUGGAACUUUCUAUUACAGCACAGACUUUGACUUGACAAACCGUCUGCAAGACAGGCCAAUCGACGCGUCGACUUUUGAUCUGAACAGUUUUGACGACGGGUUCCUUUGGAACUCUUAUAUGAUCCAACCACUUAUAAAUUUCAGAUCUCACCUAGGAUCGCAUGAAAAGGAAGCGUUGGAUGCAUCGCAAAUACUUACAUCUGCCAUUCGUGGCUUCGUGGCAACUAUGCCAAUUGCCGCACCCAUUUCUCCAGCACGGGGAACUGCCCUUUCUGGACUGCCGUCGACUUUGACAGUUAUUUCAAGAUUAUCUUGCCGGAGAGCUGGAACGAGGUUUAACGCGCGAGGAAUCGACGAUGAUGGUAAUGUGGCGAAUUUUGUUGAGACUGAGACGAUAUUUUGGACCCCUUCGGGACUCUGCUUUUCGUAUGCGCAAGUGAGAGGUUCUGUGCCUAUAUUCUGGGAACAGGCAACUGGCCUUCUCCCAGGCCAACAGAAAAUUCAGAUCACCAGGUCUCCAGAAGCUACUCAACCAGCAUUCGACAAGCAUUUCGAAAGCUUGGAAGUGGACUUUGGAAGCAUUCAUAUAUUGAAUUUGCUCAGCAAAGACAAGGCUGGCGAAGUUGAGAUAUCUGAGAGAUAUAGGUAUCAUGUUCGCCAUAGCAUGCUAAACAACUCGGUUGAGAAAGGGACCUCUGGGGCCUUCGAGCUCUUGAAACUAACAGAAUUCGAUUUUCAUGCUGAAACGCGUGGGCCCACUGGCUAUGAAGCUGCCAGUAUUAUCAAGCAGAUCAUCCGUGAAUCCGCUGAAAGUUUCGCAUUCUACCUCACGGAAGAGGUAGAUCACCCCUCUGAGGAGUUACACCCUGGAGCAGUUGGGCAGGAUCGUCCAGUGUCGCGAAAGGCUACUGUUGUGCUUCAGCAAGAAGGAGUCUUUCGGACGAAUUGCUUGGAUUGUUUAGAUCGAACAAACCUCAUUCAAACUAUCGUUAGCCAAAUGGCUUUGGAAGCGUUUCUUGGUCAACGCAACGAACGGGCAAGGCAAGACUUUUGGUUAAGACAUUCGAGUCUUUGGGCCGAUAACGGAGAUGCUCUCUCGAGAAUAUACGCUGGAACGGGGGCACUGAAGUCUUCCUUCACACGGAGUGGGAAGAUGUCUUUUGCGGGCGCGCUUGCAGAUGCUCGGAAGAGCGCGACCAGAUUAUAUAUCAAUAAUUUUACAGACAAGACUCGUCAGUAUACAAUGGAUCUACUCCUAGGCCGCCUCAUGGGUCAAGCACCUGUUCGUCUUUACGAUCCCAUCAAUGAUUAUGUGAAUAGUGAACUGAAUAAGCGUGCUUUGGAAUACUCUGCUUCGAGAGUCAUCAAUAUCUGGAUAGGCACUUUCAAUGUCAAUGGUCAGAGCGAAGGAACAUCUGAAGACCUAUCCGCAUGGCUUUAUCCCACUUCGGAGAUAUCCAAUCAGCAGCCUGAAAUAUACGUCGUAGGUUUCCAGGAAAUUGUUGAGCUUAGCCCUCAGCAAAUUAUGUCAACGGACCCCGGGAGAAGGCUAUUGUGGGAACAGGCUGUCCAGGACACGUUGAAUGAGAGAGCAGACUCAGAUAAGUAUGUUUUGCUUCGGAGCGGACAGCUUGUUGGCGCUGCGCUUUCAAUAUUUGUUAAAUCGAGCGUACUUGGGGACAUCAAAAAUGUCGAAGGUGACGUGAAGAAGACUGGCAUGUCUGGAAUGGCGGGAAAUAAAGGCGCCGUGGCCAUCCGUCUUGAUUUUGCAAACACGAGGCUGUGCUUUGUUACGGCUCAUCUUGCCGCGGGAUUUGCAAAUUACGAAGAAAGAAACCGUGACUAUCGAACUAUAAGCCAUAGCAUCCGAUUUCAAAGAAAUAGAUCUAUUGAUGAUCAUGAUACGAUCAUUUGGCUCGGAGAUUUUAAUUAUCGGAUAGGCCUCAGCGACGAAAAGGCGCGCAAGCUUAUCAAUGCAGGCGACUUGAACACUCUGUACGACAACGAUCAGCUGAAUAUCCAAAUGGUUAAAGGCAAUGCUUUUCGAUUUUACUCCGAAAAGCCGCCAGCUUUUAUGCCCACUUACAAAUACGAUCGAGGGACCGAUACAUAUGACACUUCUGAGAAGGCUCGAAUUCCGGCAUGGUGUGAUCGCGUUUUGUGGAGAGGUGAUAACUUGCGUCAGACGAGCUAUAACGCCGCCCCUCUCCGGUUUUCUGAUCACCGUCCUGUCUAUGCUACUUUUCAAUGCACUGUUAAUGUAGUGGACGAGUCAUAUAAAGAGAAUUUGAGUCGCCAGAUAUACGAGAAGCGUCGCGCAGAUGUUGCAGGGCUUACAGCUAAUACGGACCUGGAUGAUACCGACGAAGAAGAAGACCUGAUCGGAUAUGAUGCAAUUUCUUCCGGUCUCCCUCCCGCUAGCUCUGAUACCCGUAAAUGGUGGCUUGAUAAUGGUAUGUACGCUGUCGGAAAUUUAAGAUACACCUUCACCCGUUUGAAGUUCAGCCCUUUCUUCAUUUGCCUUUCCUCCUUCCUCAUUGCCGCUCGGUCUCUUCUCCGGGAACGACAGCAUCCGCGCCCCUAGAUUCGAAACACUGGUAUCUAACAUUGGUAGGGCAACCGGUCCGCUCCAGAAUCGAGCCACCUGAGCCAGGAUUUGUUCUUA